GGACGUGCAGAUCGAGCGGCCGACCACGACCGUCACGGACGACGCCGCGGCGCUUGCCGACCCGGGAGUCUCGCUCGAGCGCGGAGUCGCGGCGCUGCGCGAGGCGCUGAAGACCAUGCCGGCGAGCGCGGGCGUCUACUGCAUGCGCGACCGCCACGAAAAGCCGCUCUAUGUGGGCAAGGCCAAGAGCCUGAAGAAGCGGGUCGCGACCUACGUCAACGUCCGCACGCUGCCCGUCCGCCUGCAACGCAUGAUCGCGGCCACGGUAUCGGUCGAGGUGACCACGACGGAGGGCGAGUCGAGGCGCUCCUGCUCGAGAGCAACAUGAUCAAGCGGCUCAAGCCGCACUACAACAUCCUGCUCCGAGACGACAAAUCGUUCCCCUACAUUCUGCUUCGCCGGGGCCAUCGCUGGCCGCAGAUCUCGAAGUACCGCGGCGCCAAGAGCGGGCAGGGCGACUACUUCGGCCCAUUCGCGUCCGCCGGCGCCGUGGACCUCACGAUAAACGCGCUCCAGCGCGCCUUCCCGCUGCGCUCGUGCUCGGAUUCGGUCCUGGAGAGCCGCACCCGGCCCUGCCUGCAGCAUCAGAUCAAGCGCUGCACGGCGCCCUGCGUCGGCCGGAUCGGCAAGGCCGACUACGACGUGCUGGUGGAGGAGGCGCGGGCCUUCCUUGCCGGGCGGAGCCGGCAGGUCCAGCGCCGCCUCACCGAUCGCAUGACAGCGGCGAGCGACGCGCUCGAAUUCGAGACGGCCGCAGCCUAUCGCGACCGCAUCAAGGCGCUCGCCCAUAUCCAGAUGCGCCAAGGCAUCAACCUGCCGUCCAUGGGCGAUGCCGAUGUGGUCGCCAUCCACGACGAGGCGGGCCAGGCCUGCGUGCAGGUCUUCUUCUUCCGUUCGGGCCAGAACUACGGCAAUCGGGCGUUCUUUCCGCGCCACGGGGCCGACGACACGCCCGAGGCGAUCCUCCGCGCCUUCAUUGGCCAGUUCUACAGUGGGCGGGAGGCGCCACCCCUCGUUCUGGUGAACCGCUCGUUGGAGGAGGCACCGCUGCUCGCCGAGGCGCUCACGCUCAAGGCGGGGCGGCGGGUCAAGCUCCAUCGCCCCUUACGCGGCGCGAAGCGCAAGCUGCUGGAGGACGCCGAGCGCAACGCGCGGGAGGCGCUCGCACGCAGGCUCGGCGAGAGCACGGCGCAGCGGCGUUUGCUGGAGAGCCUGGCCCAGCGCUUCGAGUUGGAGGGCGCGCCGGACCGGGUCGAGGUCUACGACAACAGCCACAUCUCGGGCACCGAUGCGGUCGGCAGCAUGAUCGUCGCGGGGCCGGAAGGCUACAUCAAGAGCGCCUAUCGCAAGUUCACGAUCCGCUCGACGGCGGCAUGUGACCCGGCCACGCCAGGCGACGACUACGCCAUGAUGCGGGAAGUGCUGACCCGGCGCUUUUCCCGCCUUAUCAAGGAAGACCCCGGGCGUUCCGGCGAGUCGUGGCCGGACCUGGUGCUGAUCGAUGGCGGCGCCGGUCAGCUUGGCGAGGCGCGCCGGGUGUUCGCCGAUCUCGGCAUCGCCGAUCUCGCGGUUGCGGCGAUCGCCAAGGGGCCGGAACGCAACGCCGGCCGCGAGCGCGUCUUCCUGCCCGACCGGCCGCCGGUCGCUCUCGGCGCGCGCGACCCGCUGCUCUACUUCCUGCAGCGCCUGCGGGACGAGGCGCAUCGGUUUGCUAUCGGCACCCACCGGGCCAAGCGGGCCAAGGCGCGGGUACGCUCGGCGCUGGACGAGAUUCCGGGCGUCGGCCCCCGGCGCAAGAAGGCGCUGCUCCACCGCUUCGGCUCGGCGCGGGGGGUGAGCCAGGCGGGACUCGCCGAUCUCGAGACCGUCGACGGCAUAUCGAGCGCGGUCGCGCGCGCGAUCCAUGACCAUUUCCGUGCCGAUCGCUGA